UAAAGUAAGAGUAUUUUCUCCAAAAAAAAAAAAUCCGCCUUUUAUAAAAAGCAUGUUGGCUCGCUUGCUAGGGUCUGGUUGGGCCAGUGAUGGUGGUGGGGGGCCGGGGUCUUGGUGCUUGUGGUCCUGGGCCCAACGGGCAGCAUGGAGGGGCCACCCCAGAUCGGGACAUCUCCCUGCACAACUUCAGCACAAGGCUGUGGGAGCAGCUCGUCCACUUCCACGUCAUGUGGCUGACACACUGGCUCUUCCUGUGGGUGGGGGCCAUGCCGUACCUGUGCAACCUCGCCGUGGCCCUGUGCAGCCACUACGAUUCCAUCCCCGUGUCCUCCCUCCUCAGAGACACUUGCGGCAUGACCUCCACUGAUCUUACCCGGCACUUAGCCAGGAAGACCAACAAACAGAUGUUUGUCAGCUAUAACCUUCAAAACACAGAUAGUAACCCCACAUUACUUGUAAAACACAGGAUCAAGGAAGAAAUGGAGGCUUAUCCAGAAAAGUGCUAGCAGAGUGGCAGAAGUGAGAAUUUGUAACUUACGUACAAUAUACAUUUAAAUAAAUGGACUGAAUUAAAAAAAAAAAAAAGCAUGUUGCCUCAGAGGGCAGCAAGACAGGAGAAGGGUGAGGAGGCCUCCUACAUUAGCCUAUAAGGACCUGCCAUUGGGGGCACCUGGGUGGCUCAGUUGGUUAGGUGUCCGACUUCAGCUCAGGUCAUUAUCUCAUGGUUCGUGGGUUCAAGCCCUGCAUCGGGCUCUGUGCUGAGCGCUCAGAGCCUGCAGCCUGCUUCAGAUUCUGUCUCCAGCUUGUGCUCUGCCCCUCCCCAGCUUGUGCUCUGCCUCUCUGUCUCUAAAAUAAACAUUUAAAAAAAUAAAAAA